CAGUAGCAACAAUAACGACAAGAAACAACUUAAGUUUAAAAAAAAAAAACGACAAGAAAUCAACUGAAAUGCUGUGUAGGCCUCAGUAGAGACAAGUAUGUGAAGAGAAGACAGACAGACGGGAAAUAUUGAAGAGAAGACAAAAUGGCUCAGGGACUAACACCCAGAAAGUCAAUCAUCUGUGCACUGAUGAUAUGUGUCUUCCCGCAUGCAGGAAUAUCCAACAAAGCACUAUUAUCCAUCUCUCAGACAACAGAGGGAGGCACCUUCCUUCUGACCUGUCGCCUGUCUCUGACUGGGGGCACCAAAGUGAGCCAGACAGGCUGGGCGAUGGUUGCUGGCCCCAACAACAGAACCAAUCUGGCGACUGACCACCCCCUGUUCGGCACGCACAUACUCCCCCAGUACCGAGAGCAGGUUCAGAUGGGGAGCGAGUCCUCCUCCGAGCCCAACACCACCACCACCACCAUCCUCAGGCUGACGGACUGGCAGACCAACCUGACUGAUCGCUUCUGCUGCGCAUUCCACACCUUCCCCUCCGGGAAGCUGGAGCGCUGCAUCAGCAUCCGUCAAAGCAACGCUGAGUCUGACGUGCUCACACCCCAGAAUGUGAUGGCCCAGAGUGACCAGAGGCUGGCAAGCCGUGUGAUAAUAUUGGCAGGAGGUGCCGUUCUGGCUCUCGGCCUCCUCAGCAUGUCUAUAUUCUUCUGCUGGAGGAGCAGCUUCAAAAGGUGGGGAGUAUUUGAAGUGGAGAGCGCACACUCAGCAGAGGCCCAGCCAGAAGCCGAGGUACAGGCUGAAAGCGCACCUCAGCCCACUGGCAAUCUGGGAUUCGACCCCUCCAAACUCUAUGCAAAAAUCAAACAAGACCUGUAUUAUGGGCGGCUGUGGAAGUCGUACCAGGGCAGGCCACAGACACGGGAGCCAGGAGGAGGACCACCGGCGACAGCACCCAGGAAGGUCUACUCUUUUGUGGGAGAGCAUUCACCUGCACAGAAGAACCAAGAGGAACCUUGAACAAAAAAUAUACAGUAGGCUAUAAAGAAAGAGUUCCGGUUUGACAAUUUGUAGCUUGUCGCUUUAAUGCUUUUGGACGCAACUGCACUUUGGUCUUUGUCUAUGUUUGCACACAGCAUUUCACAUGUACAGUAGGCUACAUGCUCAAAAGGACAGAUAUAAUUUCAUCUACAUGUUUUAUAUACUAUAUAAUAAUUGUCAUUGCUAUUAAUUGCUAAUUAUUAUCUUGAGGAACUUUUAACAUGCAAUGCAUGUUUUAAGAACAUUGCUGUAUUUACUGGGUGUUUAUGUUCAUUUAUAAGUCAGUAAUAAUGUGAUUCAAAAUGACUUGCAGGUAUGGCUGAGGUUGUGAUUAUUUAUUC